GGUCUAAUUGGUUUGAUACCAUUACCAAAUGAUCUGGUUUGUUCCCCACUUUCGUUUUAAACCUAAACAAUGCUACCCCCACUUCUUUAUAACCAAUCCCAUUUAAAGUGUAGUAAGCUUCUCCACUCACAUAGCUAUAACAAGAGAGAGAGAUAGACAUAGAGCAAAAAUUAUUUUCUUAGAAGUUGCAAAAGCAAAGAGCCUAAAGAUGAUGAAGGGAAGCAAGUCUUAUACGGAGUAUUCGUCAUCUUUCUCAACCGAUGAAUUUGGUUAUGAUCAGAACCGCUCAAACUCCUAUAACUUCAAUGGGCCUUGCAUCAACACAGAUCCAGAGAUGAAGAGAAAGAGGAGAGUUGCUUCUUAUAAUCUCUUUGCCACGGAGGAAAAGCUUAAAAGUACUCUCAAGAACAGUUUCAAAUGGAUCAAGAACAAAUUUUCAGGCGAUGAUAAUAGUAUCCGGUACAACGUCUAGAUUAGUCCACUUUGAUCUUCUGAUCUUUUUCUUCUUCUUCUUUCUAUUUUUAUUACACUAAAGUCGUAGUGAAACUUAACAUGUAAAUUAAGUGUGUAUCUUGUGUAUGUGUGUUUAAGAUUUGUGUGUUACUCAAAUGGAAAUGUUAAUUUGCUUUAAUUCUUUUUUUA